GGUCCCAAUUGGGCAGCUAGCCCAGCAUCCGCCAUCCCAUGCAUGGCCCAGGCAGCACAGGAUAUGGACUCGGCGGGGCUCGGAGCGCGCGGCGGGGACCACGUAGGGCACGGACCACUCCCCUUCAGCGUUGAGUCACUGCUGGAGGCUGAGCACGUACGGGGUUCCGAGCCUGGGGAACUGGGGGAGGAAGGGGCGCCAGGCGUUUCGAAGCCCGGAGCCUGGCCCCCACCGCUCGCGCACACGUGCCCCCCACGUGCCCCCAGCCCUCCACCCUGCACCCUCCGCAAACACAAAACCAACCGCAAGCCACGGACGCCCUUCACCACCGCGCAGCUCCUGGCGCUUGAGCGCAAGUUUCACCAGAAGCAGUACUUAUCCAUCGCGGAGCGCGCGGAGUUCUCCAGCAGCUUAAGUCUCACCGAGACUCAGGUCAAGAUCUGGUUUCAGAACCGACGAGCCAAGGCCAAGCGGCUGCAGGAGGCUGAGCUGGAAAAGCUGAAGCUGGCAGCCAAGCCACUACUGCCAGCGUUCGCCUUGCCCUUCCCACUGGGUACCCAGCUGCACAGCUCCGCGGCCACUUUCGGCGGCAGCGCAGUUCCUGGGAUCCUCGCCGGGCCGGUUGCGGCUUAUGGCAUGUACUACCUGUCUUAG